AUGUCAGUGACCUACCGACCCUCCUGGCUCCUUGCCUGCACAUCCACAAAGCGCUGGCUGAGGGGCAGUGUAGCCCCAACUGUUGCCCUGGCCCCUUUUAUCAGCCUUUCACAGCCAUCUUCACGGAGUCUGCCGGUGGGGUGGGUACAUGAUAUAUGCUUUGAUGUUCUCAUGCAGUACCGCCCAGAGGAGUGCACGGUCAAGGCUGCAGUGGGCGACUCCGUGCAUGUGCAUUACCAGGGAACUUUGUCAGAUGGGACAGAGUUUGACAGCAGCUACUCAAGAGGCACACCUUUUGUCUUCACGUUGGGGAAAGGGCAAGUGAUCAAAGGAUGGGAUCAGGGCAUUCUGGGAAUGUGCCCAGGUGAGAAACGCAAGCUGAAGAUUCCGCCAAGCCUGGGGUAUGGAGACGCAGGUGCCCCGCCAAAAAUACCAGGUGGUGCAGCUUUGAUCUUCCACACAGAGCUGGUCAAGAUCGAUGGCAAGGAGCAAUAG